CAUGAUCCACGUUUCUGCCAACCAUAAUAAUGUCCUCAGUGUCGAAGUUUGAACAGAAGACUGUCUUCUAUAAUGAUCGGUAUGAGGCAUCGCUCACCACGGUCUGCAGCCAUCAUCGCCGGCACUACCACCCUAGAGUUCAGCGUGGUGUUCUGUCAUCGUGUCCGCGGCUGCACUCGCCGAAAUGCUUCACUGGCCACAUCCUUUGUUUGUUCGGUGAAACAUGGCUAGAGGAAACUGAAAGUCCGCUUAUCCACGGCCUUGUCUGAACAUGCGCUGAAAGAGCAAAUGGAACAUCAGAGACGCGUUGGCUUUGUCUGUCUGGCGGCUGCGCGACUCGUCCAAGCAUAACCGCCGCCUGAAAUAGCCCCCGGCGUUUAGCUCCGAAACGGCUUCACCUCGAACAGAACCAUUGACCGCCAUUCGUUUUAUCUUCAUACAAGAUCUCCGAGACUGACCAGAAACAGAGACAGUUGUCGUGCGCAUGUGUCUUGCCACCGCCCACCACCUGCAGCAAGCUCUGCAGACAAUCUCGAAAUACUUAAGGCUACAUGGAAGCCCGUCGUAAGUCACCUUAGGAUAGUCAAGCCGCACACACGACAUUCCUUCUGAAAGAAAAGAAGUUGUUGAUCUGCAACUGAGCGGCCAUUCUUGGGUUUCUGUCCUUUUUGAACCAUAUUGACUUUGUGCACUCCUUCAUUGAAACUUGUACCGACCACUCGGACUCGGCUCGACGCCAACCCACAAACAACCCAUCUUUUGUCCGCCUUCGGGCCUCAGGUGUUUGUCUUCUCACUCAAAAUACCAAUUUCAACUUUCGUUACUCUUUCUUUCAAAAUGGGUCCAGAUCACGGAGUGCUCGGAGCCACCUUUAAGGCCACCCGAGCCCUCCAGAUGGCAUCCAUGAUUGCUGUUAUCGGAAUCACCGCGAAUUUCGUCUCCGAGAUGGUUGGGGCUGGCGCAACACCACCGCCAGUUCUGGUCGCAACCUUGAGCAUUGUAUGCAUAGCCGUGCUGUACUGUGCGAUUACCCUCAUUCUGUACUUCGACAGCAUCCUGCCAUUUUUGAUCAGCACUGGCAUUGACUGUCUGUUCUUGAUUGCAUUGGUUGUCGUCUCGGUGGUGGUUGGCAAACCACUCUCGUACCUCAAUUGCAAAGUGCUUGACGAGAUCACCAAGGCGACUUCGAGUGCCUACGACUUCACCUCCGCGCUGGGAAAUAGUCUGAACAAAGGUGGAGCGGUCAAGUAUUCAAUGUGGAUCGGUACUUCCAAAGCCACUUGUCUGGAGAUGAAGUCGAUCUGGGGACUCAGUAUCGCUCUGUGUAUUCUCUUCACAUUUUCCGCAGUCAGCACUGUGUGCUUGUGGAAGAGGACCAAACAGCCGGCGCCCGACAAGACGGCUGCUUGAGCUGAAGCCAGAGUGCCGAGGAUAUUAUUCAUGCAGGACACGUCAGAGCAUCGGUCGGAUUGAUUACUGCGGGCAACAGAUUCGACAUUAUUAACUCCACAGUGCCAGCACAUAAAACGCCCACACAAACCUAAUUAACUGGGACGGAGAGGGUGAAAUCUGCGAGGUCCUGCUGAUUGCUACAGUACAUGGACCGGGCUGUGAAGUGACUUUGUUUAUUCGGGUGUUCGGAGUGUAGGAGGUCCCCAGGCCGGGAUGGAACUGUUUUUGGUUGGGCAUUUGGGCAUCAGGCCGGACCAGAUGGCCCACUGCAGGGUGGGUGUGGGAGUGGAUUGGCUUCAAGAUAGCUGGACUGCUGCAGAGAAGAACCAGCCCAUGGUGUAACUCGGUCCGCUGCAUGGAUUUGCUGUGCCAGCGUCCUGGGCCAAGUAACCAUCCCCGGUUGAGAUGUGUCGAGUAAUGAUAGGUUGGACAUGGCUAGUUUCAUGCAGACGAAUUCCUG